AUGCUCCCCACACCAGACACCUCCCACGUCUCGUACGAGCGAAUAUACGAGCCAGCAGAAGAUUCAUUUCUCCUCUUGGAUACUCUCUCCACCCCCCGCGAAACGGCCUUUCUAACCUCCCGUUUCCGCAAUGAGCCCCUGCCAUUGGUCCUCGAAAUCGGCCCCGGCUCUGGCGUGGUCAUCGCCUUCGCCAACGCCCAUGCGCAACUCCUCUUUGGCACCCGAGAAAUCCUCACGGCCGCCAUCGACGUGAACAGCUACGCCUGCGCGGCAACAAACACCACCGUCGGCAAAGCUGCAUCCGAACACGCCAGCACCCACGGCACGUACCUGGGCACGGCACAGGGGGAUCUUGUUGCGCCGCUAAGGGAUGGAGCGGUCGACGUGCUGAUCUUCAACCCGCCGUAUGUGCCGACGCCGGAGCUGCCGCGGUGGCCCACUGCUACGGAUAUGGUGACUUCGGUGGCGAACCCGAGUUUUCAGGAUGAUUCAUACCUGUUGUCGCUAUCGUAUGCGGGAGGGGUGGAUGGGAUGGAGAUCACGGAUCGGUUGAUUGAGAGUCUGCCCCGGGUUCUUUCACCGAAGGGGUGCGCGUACGUGCUGCUCUGCGCGCAGAAUAAACCUGAGGAGGUGAAGCACCGCAUUCGCGGCUUUGGGGAUCAGUGGAGGGUCGAUAUGGUGGGGUCGAGUGGAAAGCAGGCUGGCUGGGAGAAGUUGCAGAUCAUUAGAGUCUGGAGGGAGUAG